CUCUUCAGUUCAUCUCAAUUCAGCUUUUACUGAGAGGACGAUAAACACGACUUCACCCUCAAAGCGGUUACGGCUCUACGUGCACGUUCUCCGGGGAUUGCCAAGGGAUUUCAAUGUUUGGCCCGUUCUUUCAUUUCUGUGUUGAUUCGGAUCACACAUAUAUGGCGUUUGUGACCAUCUGCGGAGAGUUCUGCCAGGCUCAGCACCUCACCUUUGUGGACAAGUGAAUUGUUAGCCACCCGUGGGACUACGCUACCCAGAAGCCUCCCUGACAGCCAGCACACUGGGCCCAGUCUGUCUCUUCUAUACCCUUUUGGGAUCCCGUGUAGUCCUCAAACACAUCCACCUCACUUCCUCCCUACAGCUUUUUCUCCCUGUAGCCAAUCAGAAACUCUUCUCCUGAAUGGGACGUCUUGCCAACAUGAACCGCCCUGCCGCUGUUGAGAUUUCCUAUGACUGCAUGAGAUUCCUCAUCACACACAACCCCACCAACUCCACUCUCAACAAGUUCACUGAGGAGCUGAAGAAGUUUGGGGUGAACACACUAGUGAGAGUAUGUGAAGCAACUUAUGACAAAGCACCAGUGGAGAAGGAGGGCAUACAGGUCCUGGUGAGUAAAUCUAAUUGAAGAUUUGAACAACAGUGUUUAGUGGGGAGGAAGGAAAGAAAAGGCGCUCAUUUUGCCACACUGAAUGACACGGUGCUUUUCUGCAAGAUCAGCUGCCCUUGGUUGAUAAAAAGGCACUUGUAUGCCUAUGCUACACUCUUGGGAACUCCCAUUGGUAAUUCACCGGCAUAAAAGGGCAACUAAUAGUUUCUUCAGCUGGUCCAAAACUCCCACACUGGCCCCAGGCCAUAGUUAUUGUUAAGCCCUGUUUAUUACUGUUUAUUGUGCCUUUUAUGCUUACAUGUUUAAAUGGUAAAUAUUAGGGGUGACCCCCG